AGUGUUUGCCUCACAUCCUCCAGGCAGACCUCCGCAGCAGCGGCAGCGGCACACCCGGCGCGAGAACGCCGAGCGAGGCGCGGCUGAAGCGGCUACGAGAGCGGCGCGUCUCCCCCCCCCCCCUUCGCGCGGAGCCCCUAUCGGAUCCGUUCGGAUAUUUCCCCUUUUGUUUUUGUUCAUCGAGUCGGAUAACUUCGUCAAAAGGCUGGCUUUCUCCCGUAAUUUCGUCUGUUCCAUACCAUCCAACCACCGGCUCGCCGCGACGUGUUGACGCCGGAGAAGGAGGGCGAACAGCGGCUUGUCAAGGAAGAGGAAGCGCCCCUCUUACACCCGACCUCUUUCCGUAAAAUCGGAUGGUACAACUGGAUUCACGCAAUCGUGGAGGGAUUAUACACCGAUGAAGCAAAGCAGAGAGAAGCUUGCAGGAAAAAACACACCGGUAGCAUGCACCAGAGACGCUGCAGCCCGUCACUAAAGAGAGCCCGGGGCGGCGGGCUUGUGUUGCCAGCUCAUUGCUAAAAAAGCUCAAGUGUUGCCUGGAAGCCAGGCCUAUUGCUCUGCCGAGCAGCUGUGUGCUGAUAAAAAGCCUUCGAAAGACUCCCUAACAUAAGAAGUUGUCCCAGAUGGUGUUCCGAAAGUUGCCCGGCGUGUCCGCGUCGGGCAUGGGGCUGCGUCUGUCACAGAAGUUUGUCUUCCUGCUCUUCCUGUCAGGCCUGGUGACCCUUUGCUUCGGGGCGCUCUUCUUCUUGCCCGACUCUGUAAGGCUGAAGCGUAUAUUCCUGUCCAAGAGCGAGACUCAGCCGGUAACGGCGGCAGGUUCCGGUGCGGCGGAGAACGACGCCGGCGAACGUUCCAAGAGACCCCGAGAACUGGAACACCCACGGGGCGUGACCUCCAAUAAAGCUGAGAGCGGGGCCGGGACGGGUGGAGGCCUGGCAAGGCUUAAAGGUCUUGCCCGAAAGAUGCCUCCAUCCUCCGAGGCGACGGAGGAACGUCUAGCAGGCGGGAAGGCGCAGGAGGACCUGACCUUGGGGUCGGAGAAAGUCUCUUCACUUGACACCACCACCUUCGCCUACAAGAAGUUCCGCAGGUGUCUUCUGAAACCGCCCCUGGGGAGGGACGGCGGUAAGCCGGGUGACCUCAAGACCAACGAGCGUCGGGAGAAAGUCAAAGAGAUGAUGAAGUUUGCCUGGGACAACUACAAGCAAUAUGCCUGGGGCAAGAAUGAGCUCAGGCCUUUAACCAAAAAUGGACAUAUUGGCAACAUGUUCGGUGGCCUGAGAGGAGCAUCCAUCAUCGACUCGCUGGACACGCUCUACAUUAUGGGACUGUUGGAUGAGUACAAUGAUGCCAAGGAGUGGGUCCGAAACAGCCUUGACUUAACCUCGAAUGGCGAAGCGUCGCUCUUUGAGGUGAACAUCCGUUACGUCGGCGGGCUGCUGUCGGCGUACUAUCUGACGGGAGAGGAGCUGUUUAAGACUAAAGUGUUGGAGUUGGGCGCCAAGUUGCUCCCGGCCUUCAACACGCCGACAGGGAUCCCGAGAGGAGUCAUUAACUUGGGAAGUGGCAGUAGUUGGAGUUGGGGCUGGGCAUCGGCCGGGAGCAGCAUCCUGGCCGAGUUCGGGACCCUGCACCUGGAAUUUGUUCACCUCAGCGAACUCUCUGGUGACCCCGUCUAUACUGAGAAGGUGAUGAACAUCAGAAAGCUUCUGAAUAAGAUUGAGAAACCCCAAGGCCUGUACCCCAACUUCCUCAGUCCGGUCAGCGGAAACUGGGUCCAACAUCACGUAUCCAUAGGCGGAUUGGGAGACAGUUUCUACGAGUACCUCAUUAAGUCGUACCUGAUGUCGGACAAGACGGACGAGGAUGCCAAGAACAUGUACUACAACGCUCUGGAGGCCAUCGAAAACAACCUUGUUCAGAAGUCGCCCGGUGGCCUGACCUACAUGGCGGAGUGGCGAGGGGGCAUCCUGGACCACAAAAUGGGCCACCUAGCCUGCUUCUCCGGGGGCAUGAUUGGCAUCGGCGCCGACGACGGCGCACCUGACAAACGUCAGCACUACUUGGACCUGGCCGCCGAAGUCACGCGUACCUGCCACGAGAGCUACGACCGCUCGGCCACCAAACUGGGACCCGAAGCGUUCCGGUUCGACAGCGGCGCCGAGGCUACGGCGACCCGGCUGAGCGACAGAUACUACAUUCUCAGACCUGAAGUCAUUGAGAGCUACAUGUACAUGUGGAGGCUCACCCACGACCCAAAGUACAGGGAUUGGGGAUGGGAGGCUGUCGAGGCGCUGGAGCGGCACUGCAGAGUGGAAGCUGGCUUUUCGGGGAUUCGCGAUGUUUACACGCUGACCGACAGCCAUGACAACAUGCAGCAGAGCUUUUUCCUGUCGGAGACGCUCAAAUAUCUCUUCUUGCUGUUCUCGGACGACGACCUGCUACCCCCGGAGGACUGGGUCUUCAACACGGAGGCUCACCCUCUUCCCGUGGUCCGCAAGAGCUGCCUACAGGACCCGUCGUCCGUCGCGCAAGACAAGACGAAGCUCUCCGGAUGAUCGCCGAGACCCUCCGAGGGACGGAGUUCCUUUCCAGUAAAGGACGUCGCGUUUUUUUUCACGCCGUGAUUGUAUAUUCUAUCUUCUAUUCUUUUUAAUUUGACGGACAAUCAAGACGAAACUUUUGGCGGACACUUUUUCUUUCCUCUGUGAGGAAAAGGGGAUCCACGUUGUCGAGAAAACCACUUCUGAGUUUUUUUAAAGGAAUGAUUUCGCGUCGCUGACCAAAGGUUUUCUUUCUUCUCCUGCGGUUGAUCGUAAGCAUACAAUUGUAAGAAGUACUGAGUGGGGCAAAAUAUGCCGUUGAUGUCAUGUUUCUCGCUGAAACGUUCUUAACUACGUCAGGAAAGUGUCUUAUGCAUCCUGGGACCAUUGUUUUAAAAAAGAACAAAAAAAAUAUCAGAAAAAUGAACGCUUAUCUUCUGGGGGUUGGCUUUUUUUGGGAGCUCACAAUAUAAAUGCGUUUUCCCGUUCCUGUUCUGUUUCUGGUAAUUUUUGUUGGUUUUAGCAAAAGUUGUACAUAAGAAUAUCAUUUUUUUUCCCGUUUCUGUUGAUUUGCUUCCCUCAGGUGUUUCCGUAAGAAAAAAUGGAAGAAAAACUAACUUUACAAACUCAAAAGUAUUAAGAUUUAAGUCGACUUUUUGCGGAUAUUUGAAUUCUUAUGACUUAAUGUUUGGUUUAACUUUGGUUGUUGAGUAUUUUCCAAUAUUGAUUUAAUAGACAAAAUAAAGAGCUGUGCAACUUUGUACCUUUAAACAAGAAAUGUGUUGGUGUUUUUGUCAGCCACAUUGAACUGAGUGAUUGGAAGUCUUUAUUACUAUUAUUUAGGGCUGCAGCUUUUGAUUAUUUAAGACAGUGUUUUUCAACCUUUUCUGGGUUCCGGCACACUUUUACAUUGGAAAAAAAUCUCGCGGCACACCAUAAACCCAAAAUGUUCCAUAACUACCCACUUUACAAUAUACAGUGAGAAGCAAAAGCAUUUGUACCCCUUGUGAUUUUGCAAGUUUACCCACUUAGAAAAUAGGUGGAGGCACGAAAUUACAAUCAUAGAUU